CUCGUUUUUGACGUGGUUGUUUCCAUGUCCGCAGGGUCAACAUCAUCUCACUCUCAUUCCCAAGGAAGCGCUCACCGACUCAACAAAGAAUUGGACAUCGUCCGAGAUCAGAGGAGUAAACUGGAGAGGAGGAAGAAAGCGUCUGCAUGGGAAAAGAACCUGCUCUACCCCAUUGUGAUGUUAAUACUACUCACAGGGACGACUAUCUCAGUCCUGCUGGUGGCGCUGAAUGUCCUUUAUCUGCUGGUGGAUGAGACGGCCAUGCCAAAGGGAUCAACGGAUCGGGGACUUGGGAACACCUCACUGUCCACGUUCGGAGUCAUCCAGGCCGUUGUGGAGAUCGUCCUCAUGUUCUAUUUGAUGGUGUCCUCCGUUGUCGGCUUCUACAGCUUGCGAGUGUUUGAAGGCCUCACUCCCAGGAAAGACGACACGACCAUGACAACGAUCAUUGGUUGCUGUGUGUCCAUCCUGGUGCUGAGUUCAGCCCUGCCAGUCAUGUCCAGAACACUUGGUAUCACCAGGUUUGACCUUCUCGGAGACUUUGGGAGAUUCAAUUGGCUGGGAAACUUCUAUAUCGUCCUGUCGUACAACUUGCUGUUUGCCGUGGUAACUACCCUCUGCCUAGUCCGGAAGUUCACCUCAGCAAUCCGAGAGGAACUCUUGAAAGCUUUAGGUCUGGAUAAAUUACAACUGUCAAACAGCCCCACAGACCCUGAGUCUGGGAAGAUCGCGGCCAACGGGCAUCAGAAGACUCUGUGAAAGAGACAACCGACACACACACACCUCAUGGCAGCCAAAGGGAGAUUUUGACAGUACUGGGAUUGAGUCUGUGUAAGAGAUUUAGUAUACACCGACAGUGUCUGACGGGCACUGCGAGCUGAGGGGAAGAGUAAUUUAGCUUUGUGACAUUCCAUCCUCUUCCUCCUGGAUCGAUGGAUGCAGGACUUGGACAGGGACAUGUUUGAGCCCCCUGACAGACUGGCAUCAUCACAACAGUUGAUGUUGACCUCAACAGUGACUCACCAUGGGCCACUCAGCCGAUGUCUGGGGGACUUUCUCUCAGCACCAAUGUCCUUCUCCCCCCCCCCCUCAAUCUUUUCAUACAUUCAAAUUCUACCCUCUACCCAUCUCAUUCUAACCUCUUGCGUUCCGUGCUUCCCUGAUCACUUCUGUUAUCUGUUAUCUCCCCCCGUAAUUGCACUAUGCCCUAUUGGCUUGGAGGUGAAAUGUAACCUUUCGAUGCAGAGGCUGAAGAGAUGCUCGCUGACUGGUAGCCAUUUUUACACUUAUGUCCUAUUUCAAUGUCUGUCUGUUUCCAACCUGUUCUAUUUCCACCACAGUUACUGAGCCCAUGCAGUGCAUUUCACCAAUUUUAAAACCCAUUUUGGUUUUAAAAUGCAUCUGUGUUAUUUGGAGAGAAAAAAACAGCACCUUCUCACAAGUAUAAUGAGAAGAGAAUUCCUUUUUUGAGAAUCAGGUGUGAUGGAUUAGAGUUGGAGACAAACCAACAGGACAGUAACUCUCCAGGAAAAGGGUUGGCGAGCCCUGGUGUAUAGUAUUAGUAUGGAUGGCUUCUGGUUUGAUAAGUGGACUUUUUUUUAUUUAUUUUUUUAAUAUCUACACAUUUUGAAAAGAUGAGGGCAUUCUUUGAUAGACUUACUUGCUGUUGAACUCUCCUGCAUUAAAAAAGAUCUUACUGAUUACUCUUAUUCAUUUUACAUAUCGCUUUUAGCCGUUUUACAUGUCCCACCCAGUUGCUUUGCAUGUCCUCACAGGCGUCUGUGUAUCGCCACUUCUUCCCUCUUUGCAGAGCUUGCUGGUACAUUUAGUACCCGUUCACCUAAGUGACCAGUCAGUGUCUCCUCCAUUGACAGACUGAAUGGAGAGGAGUUAGGAGGGACUAGCCAAUCCUUCCAUCUUUCUAGUCGUCUCAGGCCAGUUGUGAAUGUGUCACAAUGUGCUCAUUUUAUUUUGCGUUACCCACUCUGUACUGUGCGUUCAUUAUUUUGUCUCAAUUUGAAUGACUCUUGUUUAGUUGCUCUUGAGAUGGGAAAACUAUAGAGUGAUCCACACGUCUUUUUUUUGGUUCCAAAGAGCAAUUUUUGUAUUUACAUGUCAAUUUACAUUGACAUUUACAUAAGUACAUUUGUAAAGCGCUUUUCAUUAUGAAGAAUAAUCUCAAAGUGCAUAAGAUAAAAAAUCAAAAUACAUAUUUUAACGCAACUAGACCGGGUCACUGAGACAAAGAUCCCAGCUGACACUACAAGGAGCACAGCUGUCAACAGAAAGCCUUCCUAAAGAGAAAGGUCUUUAGGCCCGUUUUAAAGGAAACCAGAGUCUGUGGUGCCUUCAGGUGGUCCGGGAGAGCGUUCCAGAGGCUGGGGGCAGUCGAACUGAAUGACACAUUAUUAUAGUCAAUAGCAAAUUAUCCCAAAUGGUACCCUAUCCCCAAAAGUAGUGCAAUAUGUAGGGAAUAGAGUGCCAUUUGGGACAAACAUAACCAGACAGGGAAUUAUGCUGUCGCUGCAUAUUAUUGGUCGAGGGAGCACACCAUAAGCACAACAUUACAAUCGUACUUUUCCAAUGAGUUUGAGGUGCACACGGUCUGGGCCUGUUCCAGCCCAAGGGAACAGUUUUUGUUGCCUUAGUUUUUCCUCACUUGCCGAGGGUUUGAAAUGUUGAAGCGUGGCCUGUACUGUAGGUGGAGUAGCUAAUCAGAACCGUUGUGCCCCCUCAGAUUUGUCCUGUUUAGUUGUUUCUCUGUAAUACUGCUAGACCUAGAAAUGUCAUGAAGUUGACUUUAGCUAGCCCAGGUAGGUUCCCAACCUCAUAGCAUUAAAAUUGCUUUUUGGUGGCUAGUUAUCAGUCAAGUUUGAGUAGCUAGCUCGUCUAACUAUAUUAGCUGGUACGCCUGCUGGCAAACUUUAGAAAAGCAAGUACUGAAUGAGACUUGAUUCCUUUCAAUCUUUUAUUCAGAUUUCAGCAAAUCUGCAUACAGUUUCUUUUAAAAAUGAACCAGGAUACAGACCGCUCAAGAGGUAUGCUUAGAUAUGCAGAUUUUUUUUUUUUUUACACAGAAAUAAGUAUGAUUAUGGCUCUAGAAUGCAGUAAAAAACUCUUUUGGAUGUUUGAAAAAUUCUAAAUUCUCCAACCUGUGCCCCCUCACAUUUUUGGAUGUAGCUAUAAUUUUUCUGUCUCUGCAUAUAAUUUCCUGCAAAUUAACAUGAAUGUGUUGUUUUUUUUACCAUAUGUGUGUUUGUUAAUAAACAAUGAAUGUCAUUUUUUAUUUAUUUCAACUUUAUUUAACCAGGUAGGCAAGUUGAGAACAAGUUCUCAUUUACAACUCAUGUUUAAGUUGACAUUGCUUUUUCAUCUGUAACUUCAACAGCAUUUGUGGUGUACAUCACGGGCUUCUUUUUGAGAUAUAAGAGCACACUUGGCACAAGUUAGCUUGCUUUUACCAUGGCAGUAUCUGUCUAUGAACUCCUGACAAGUCACAGUAUUCUGGAGGACUGGGACUUGAGGAAGCUUUUGCACUUAAUUGGUAUGGAUGUCUGAAAGUGAUAAUUGUUUUGUGCAUUUAUCCUUUGAUGAAUGCAUUUAAAGUCUGUUCAUUAAACAACAGGAAUAACUUCCUGUUUUACUACA